AUGUUGGCCAGGAUCAUCUUCUUCGUAGCAGUUGCGGCGGCCAUACUAGUCGUGAUCCUGCUGCCUCUGCUCUCGCCUCUUCCCGGGAAAGCAGAGGAGAGACAAUUGGGGCCGUGGUUGGCCCUCUCGCUCUUCGUUCAUAUUCCCGCCGGCGGCGCAGCCUUGGGAAAUCCACGUGGGGAUAAAGCAAGCCUAGGUGGGGAAAACGCGUUCGUGUUCCGUCACAAGCUCAAGGAGGGACCGUCGAACACGUCCCGCGUCGUCGGCGAGGCGCAGGGCGUCGUAGUCCCGGUGCGGCAGAGGCAGCACGCCGAGCUAUCAGCCUUUAACAUCGUGCACCUUGCGCUGGACGCGCCGGCGUACAGGGGGAGCCUCGAAGUGGAGUCGAGGAGGGGCAGGAGGAGGGAGGAGCUGGUGGUGGUCGGAGGAACCGGGGCGUUUGCCUUCGCGAGAGGCUACGCGGAUUUUGCGGCGGUGAGUUCUACCGCGGCCGUUUACCAUUUGGAUGUGCGGCUGAGAUUACCGAGGAAGCCACCCACCAUUCCUGGUCCGGGAUGA